CUAUUUAUUGUUCGGUGCAGUGGGAUUCCAUUUCAAAAGGUCUCCUUCUCGUUGCUGACUCUUUCUUUCCGCUUUCCUUGUGAUAAGAUAACGAAGUCCUGAUAAGCCAUACCGAAGACUACUUUCGAACAAAUACAAUCUGAAAACUGAAAAUGAAAAACCAUUGCGUUCUCUUUCGGUGAUUCGCUCUGAAAACAAAGACCUUCAGAACUUUCGUCUCUCCGCCACAAUCUUGGAUAUUCAUCAGCAUUUGGCACUGAUACGAGGUAAGUUGAAUAGCUUUCUCAGUGGGGUACAUAUAUGUGCUCUGACAAUCUUCAUGGCACCUGUGUACUUUGAUUGCAUGCUCAUACCAAUAAGUCACAUGAUCAAAGUUGACUGCUUUUAUGAUACUUCAGGUGCAAGCUGGCUUUCUGUGAGUUGAGUUUUUGUCAUCAGCUUUUUUGAUUCUCUUGGUCAUACAUCCUGUGCAGCAUCAAGGAAGAUCCAGAACCCUAAAGUAAUUGUGAUUCUCUGAAAUGAUAUAAUGACGUUAAAGGUUCUAUUAUCUGUAUCUUAGAAUUAGUGAAAGUUCUUAUUUUACCUGAAGUGUUCAGCAAGAAGUCUUUUCAGAACUAUCGAUUGCCCUACUAAAAAAGCAGUGGUUGGCCAAUGUAAAAUCAAUACCCAGGCCUUAUACUUGUGAGGUUCUUCUGAACCCAACCCAAGCUUUGUUACUGGGGGUAAUUAUAGAACCAGCUUGUUAGUUUUUUUCCCCACAUCAUUAAGUAAAGGUAACUUUACAGGAAUCCGAAGGUUCAGCUGAAAAAAGGUGUCAAGGCAUGUAACAUAUGAGCCAUGCGGUGACCAACAAAAUAAUUCACCUGAGGCUUCUAUGGUGGACUCCGGUUCAGCAUCCAUUUCAAGAAACAUGAGCAGAAGAGUUAUAUGCGAAGAAAGUGAUGCUGUUCACAAAUUGAUUGAAAGGUGCUUGUGGUUGUAUAUGAACAAAAAUGAGGUGGUGGAAACCCUUCUGUGCCUUGCAAAUAUUGAACCUGGCUUCUCCACCUUGGUAUGGCAGAGACUGGAAGAAGAAAAUGCAGAAUUUUUCAAGUCUUACUACGUAAGGGUAAAGCUGAACAAACAAAUCCAAUUGUUCAAUGAUUUACUUGAGAAGCAGUCUGAUCUAAUGAACAGUUCUUCACCUCAGAAGGUUCCAUUGCCUUCUAUGCAGAGUGGGAUUCAUUGCAUGCCGGUUAAUAAUCCACCUCUGGGGUAUCCAAUUCUGCAGCAGCCUUCAAUUCCAUUUAUGAGUCAAUCCCCAAGUUAUUUUGUGGACCGUAUGCCCAGCUGUCAGGCGGUACACACGAUCCCUUCACCAGGCAAUUUCAACCCUACACAAAUAAAUUCUUGGGCAUGCUGUGCUGCCUAUACAGUACCUUCCAUUCCUACUUGGUCUACCAAGUUGGAGAAUCAUUCAAGUUCUGCAUUAAUGGCAUCCUGUGGCCAAGUUCCCUUCACUUUAUCAGCGAUGGCAGGACUUGGAAUGGAAACACCAGCACUUAACGCUGCAAAUAAUCUUUAUGUGGAAAAUGUAGAAGGGUUGCAACUUGGCUCUGAUGGUCAAACUGGACCACCCAAGGAACUUCAAUCAUUAAUGCAGAUUUCUUGGAAUUCACGCGGCUCAGAUAUAGCUGCGGGGUGGCAAAACUUACAAGAUGUUGGAACACCAGGCAACUAUUCGAGCGGCUCCAUUUUGCCUUUUGAUGCAGAUGUGUUGCUUGAUUCUGCAGAGCAAAAUACGUGGGUAAAGUGAGGAUGAUAAGUAUGAGCAAGCAGGCCAGUCGGGAAGGUUGUUCGUUAGUGACCCGGUCUUAUAAAGUUGGACUUCUUGUUUAUUUGCUUUGUUACUAGAGUCAGGCCAUGACCUUUUUUUCUUAUUUGCUUAUAUUAGCCUAUGGCCAUAGAAAUAGGAAUAUAGUAAAGGGACUCUGACAGUAAAUUACUGUUGGGGAUUAUUGUAAAGGCAUGUGGAAAGUAAAAGAAUUUUUCAUUCCUCUU